AUGGUCAAAGCAGCGCUCUCCGUCCUUCUACCCCUUCUCCUAGCAGCAGGCGCGGCUGCAUUUGGCUGCAAUUCCAUCAGCUAUACAACUUGCCAAGACCGCAUCGUUCACUGGUACGACCCGGAUGAUGGCCAGAUCUGUGAUCCCCACGACUGCGGUGGCGGCAGAGCUCCUCCGAGAAAGGAUGUUCCUGGAUGUGCAUUCUAUACGGGGACUGAGACGUUGAAAACCGAGCCAUCGUAUCUUCCAUGCUGGAAGCCUUCAACUGCCAUGGCCGCCCCUACAGGAAGCAGUGUCAAGUCCUCGGUAGAGUCGACACCCACAAACACGGGCGUGGUUGCAAGUUCGAAAGAGACAACCACAGGCUCUUCUGUUCCCGCGUCGACCACUGCUUCUGUAGCUCCUUCAACAACAGCAUCUUCUGCAACUGGGUCCGUCCCCGGUGCCGCUGCUUCUCCGUCGACGACUCUGCCGGCUACCAUCUCGACAACGACUCAGAGUGAAACGGCCACAUUUGGGAACAACACAGGAAACACAUCUACCAUCUCUACCACCUCUGCACACACUGGCGAUGCUGGAAGACUGGUUGGUGCAUCCAAGAUGGCCCUUGUUGCUGGUAUCGUUGGUGGUUUUGCUUUGCUGUGA